AGUUGGUAGUGCCCGUACGUGCAGCGCCCUCUGUUGAUGGUCCAGUAUAUGAGUGGUCCAUUAUAUGCAUAUUUCUAACAGCUGGACCUAACCUAAGAUUUCUUAUAGGUUAGAAUUAUUGAAUUAUAUGAAUGAAAAUAAAUAGAAAUGAACUCGAAAAUUACUUUAUCCACCAGCAAAAUGUAUUCGCUUUUCGUUAGAAGCAGAUUGAAUAAAUGCACGAAUAAAAGAUUCUUGGGUAACUUGCAAAGUGAAUCAACCAGACAAAAUGAACUCUUUGAUUUGGAGAAGAAAAGGCAGAGGGAAGAGAUUGGAAGGAUUGACAAGAUUGAAGUAGAAGUGCAAUGUAAAUCCGAGUCAAAGACUUAUGUCAUGAAUAAACUAAUUUCCACUCCAUAUGAUUGUGCAAGGCAUCUUAAUGAAACCAUAAUGAAUAAAACAGCUGUGGCUCUGAUCAAUGGUGAAACUCUUUGGCACAUGCACAAACCUUUACCAGAUUCUUGCAAAUUGGAGUUUUUGGAUUACAAAGUAUCUCAGCCUGGACAGGUGAAUAAGGCGUUCUGGAGGACGUGCAGCUUUUUGCUAGGUGCUGUAGCAAGCAAUGCAUUCAAAGAUAAAGUUGAUGUUCAACUGCACAGUUUCCCCAUACCAAAUGUCAAAUCCGGAAGUUUCGUUUAUGAUAUACAAUUGUCUUUGGACAAUUGGGUUCCUACAAGCAGUGAGCUCAGGGUGUUAUCAAUGGAAAUGAUCAAAUUCUGUCAACAGGCUCAUCCGAUCGAGUGUCUCGAUGUGACGGCAGAUUUUGCGUUGGUUUUGUUUAAGGAGAAUCCGCAUAAGACGAUGCAAAUUCCGGACAUCGCUGCUAACAAUAAUGGAAAAGUUACACUGUUCAGAGCUGGACCUAAUGUGGAUAUCUCGAAAGGCCCGAUGAUCGCUAAUACCAAUCAGCUGGGCAGAACGACCGUGACGAAUGUUAUUAAAUUGGACACGGAUAUCAAAGGAAGUCCAGUUUACAGGUUCCAGGGUGUCGCCUUGCCGAGUAGCAUCGUUUUGAAUCAUUUCGCUUAUGGUUUAUUGGAAGAACGAGCGAAGAAUUUGAAUUCUGCAAGGAUUCCAGGCUCUCAGGACGUUACCACAGAGGAUAACAGUUUCAUGGCUCAAGCGACGAACUAAAUCC